AAUAAGCAAAAUUCGUAGGAAUAGGAGUAAAAAACUCAAAAAUAUGGUUAAAAAGCAUUGAAUAUUUUGUAUAAAUAUCUAAAAAGUUCGAAUAUGUACAAAGUUACGCUAAUAGUGUUAAUUCUAAAUGGAUUUUUGUGUGUGGCGAGGUCUGAAGCACAAGGACAAAGUCAGUGCGUUUGGUACGGGAUUUGUAAUCGGGAUGCCAAAGGAAUGCAGCAAUAUUGCUCGUACAAUGGCACAGCGAAAGUUCUUGAGGCGAGCGGAGUGGAACUCCUAAACGUCUAUUGCCCGCAUUUCGUACAGCAACAACAGAAACACGCAGAAGACGGCACAAUUGAAGUCUGCUGUGAUAAAGAUCAAAUCGAAGUGUUGAACAAGAAUGUGAAAAUGGCUGCGGGUUUCCUGAAACGUUGUCCGAGCUGUUUGAACAAUCUGGUGCGUCAUUUGUGCGAAUUUACGUGCAGUCCGCGCCAAUCGGAGUUCAUGCAAGUGAAGGGCAUCGAAGUGAACCCGAAGACAAAACUCGAAUAUAUCCGCGAAAUGGAUUUGCAUGUCUCCGAAACGUACAUCAAUGGUACCUUUGACUCGUGCAAACAGGUUUCAACGCCGUCAACGGGUCAGUUGGCUCUUGACAUCAUGUGCGGCGAAUGGGCGUCACUCAAUUGCAAUCCGCAACGAUGGUUUCAUUACAUGGGCGACAUGGAGACAAAUAGUUAUGUGCCAUUUCAGAUAAAUUACAAGCUGCACGGCGUGAAUAGCACCGAGCCACACAUGAAUCCGGCAAUUGUUCCGUGUUACGAAAGCGUUUCGCCGGAUGAGCCGGCGUGUUCGUGCCUCGAUUGCACCGCAAAGUGUCCCGUGCCUCCAAAACCGCCAGCUAAACCAUCAACAUUUACGGUUUUGGGAUUGAAUGGGCACACGUUCAUUCUUGUUUUCAUUUUUACAAUUGGAUCGACGUUAUUUUUGCUCGGAGUUUGUGUUUGUUCGAAACGCCCUGCUUCGAAUUAUGAUACAACAGAUGGGAGACAAAGUUUGCAACAACAAUCGAAUGAUAUUGGGUUCUUCGAAGAGUAUGGAGCACGCGCUGAACACUUUAUAUCCGUCACUUUUCAACGUUUGGGCAAAUAUUGCGCGGAAAAUCCGUGGUUUGUCCUAUUUAUCGGUUUCGUUUUCAUCGUAACCUUGGCACACGGUGUAAAAUUCCUCAACAUCACAACAGAUCCGGUCGAGCUAUGGGCCUCAUCUACAUCACGUUCACGCAUCGAAAAGGAAUUUUUCGACUCCAACUUCGAGCCUUUCUACCGCGUCGAGCAAAUAAUACUCAAACCACGCAAAUCUCAACAAAUAAUCCAUCAAACCUCGAAUGGAAACUUCACAUUUGGUCCUGUUUUCGACCCGCAUUUCCUGAAAAACGUCUCUGUCUUACUCGACAACAUCAAAAGUAUCAAAACCAUGGAAAACGUGACACUGGAUCAAAUUUGCUUCGCUCCCUUACAUUCGCCUUUCACGGGUCCUGUAAAAAUCGACGAUUGUGUAAUUCAAAAUGUUUGGGGAUGGUUUCGGGAUCCUGAUGUGUUUGAAGACGAAGAAGAAGAUUCGAACGGAUUCGUUGUCAACUAUUUGGAUCAUUUUAUGAAAUGUUUUAAAAAUCCGUACAACUCGGAAUGUUUAGCGGCGUAUAAAGGUCCCAUUGAUCCCGCAAUCGCUCUCGGAGGAUAUCCCAUCGUGAAUGGAGACUUGCCUGUGUAUGAAGAAGCAACCGCCUUGAUUAUCACAAUUCUCGUAAAUAAUCAUCAUAACAAGACACUUUUGAAGCCGGCUCUUGAUUGGGAACAAAGUUUCGUCGAUUUCAUGCUAAAUGUGACUUCGGCGAAGGAAUUUACGUCGAUAAUGGAUAUCGCCUUCAAAAGUGAACGUUCAAUUGAGGACGAGAUAAAUCGAGAAUCCGAAUCCGAUGUCAUGACAAUUCUCGUUUCGUAUGUCAUCAUGUUCGCCUAUAUCGCAGUUUCGCUCGGACACAUAGGAAAUUGUCGCAGAUUUUUGAUCGAUAGUAAAAUAACGCUCGGAUUGGGAGGAAUUGUCAUCGUUUUGGCUUCGGUAGUCGCUUCUGUUGGAUUUUUUGGAUUCAUUGGAGUACCUGCGACAUUAAUUAUUAUUGAGGUAAUUCCGUUUUUGGUACUUGCAGUGGGUGUCGACAACAUUUUCAUCCUUGUACAAACGCAUCAACGCGAAGAAAAGAAGCUGAAUGAGUCGCAUGCCGAACAUAUUGGAAGAACAUUGGGCAAAGUAGGUCCCUCGAUCUUACUUACGUCCGUGAGUGAAAGUUGUUGCUUCUUUUUGGGCGCUUUGUCUGACAUGCCGGCAGUUCGAGCAUUUGCUUUGUACGCCGGUUGUUCCUUGUUGAUAGACUUUUUGUUGCAAAUCACGUGUUUCAUCAGUUUGUUGGCCUUAGAUACGAUCCGAACCACGGAAAAUCGCUACGAUGUCGUUUGUUUCAUGCGUGGCAGCAAAAAAUCCACGAAUCGCCAUCCGAAGAGGGAAGGACUUUUGUAUGGAUUCUUCAAAACAUUCUACGUGCCGUUCCUCAUGAAGAAGCCAGUUCGUGCGGGAACCAUGGUAAUCUUCUUCGCAUGGCUCUGUGUGAGCAUUUCCGUCGCGCCGCAGAUCGAAAUCGGCUUGGAUCAGGAAUUGUCGAUGCCCGAAGAUAGUUUCGUGCUGAAAUACUUCAAACACUUGAAGGAAUAUUUGCGAAUUGGACCUCCCGUGUACUUUAUCCUCAAAGGCAAUCUAAAUUACUCGGAUUUCGAAUACCAAAAUGUGCUGUGUGGCGGGCAGUAUUGCAGCGAUUCGAGUCUCACAACGCAAAUUUACACCGCAAGCAAGCAACCAAACCUAACGUAUAUCGCACGCAGUGCCUCAAGUUGGAUCGAUGAUUACUUUGAUUGGUCAAGCAUUCCCGAUUGCUGUCGGAAAUUUGAGCGCAACGACAGUUUUUGUCCUCACAGCGAGACAAAGUGCAAAAAAUGCAACAUUAAACUCACGCCGCGGUACAACAGACCAAUUAAGACGGAAUUUGACAAAUAUUUGUCGUACUUUUUGCACGAUAACCCCGACGAGAGUUGCGCCAAAGCAGGUCAUGCCGCUUACGGAAGUGCCGUUAACUAUUAUUCCAACGAAACGAGUACAACUAUUAAAGCCUCCUAUUUUAUGACAUAUCACACGUUACUAAAGACAUCCGCAGAUUACUACGAAGCAAUGCGAGCUGCGCGAUUAAUUGCCUCGAAUAUAACAAAAACCGUUCGCGCAACGCUCCGUUUGCGCGGCAAUGAUGAAGAAACGGUUCGCCAAGUUGAGGUUUUCCCAUAUUCCGUCUUCUACGUGUUUUAUGAGCAGUAUUUGACGAUGUGGGCUGACACGUUGCAAAAUAUGGGCAUUUCCGUUUUUUCCAUCUUUGUCGUCACGUUCCUGCUUCAAGGAUUCGACGUUAACUCAUCAAUCGUCGUUGUUAUGACAAUUACUAUGAUUGUCAUUAAUAUAGGAGGAUUGAUGUACUAUUGGAGCAUUUCGCUGAAUGCCGUAUCUCUUGUCAACCUCGUGAUGGCAGUCGGCAUUUCUGUCGAAUUCUGUUCACACAUGGUGCAUACCUUUGCAUCAUCCACACACUACACUCGUGAAAAGAGAGCUUCUGAUGCCUUGACCCAAAUGGGUAGUUCAAUAUUUUCAGGAAUUACAUUAACCAAAUUUGGUGGCAUUUUAGUUUUGGGUUUUGCUAAUAGCCAGAUAUUUCAAGUUUUCUACUAUCGAAUGUACUUAGGGAUAGUAUUAUUUGGAGCCGCGCACGGUUUGAUCUUUUUACCAGUAUUAUUAAGCUUUAUUGGACCGCCUGUUAAUCGAAUGAAACUCAUACUUAAACAGCAACAAUUUGCCGAUACUAUUCAAGAAACAUCGCUUUGUUCUGGACAUGAGUACACUUAAGUAAGUCAUUGUCUUGUAGCAGUAUGUCAUGGAUAUGCAUUAUUUAUGAAUCUACAUGUGAUCAAAUUAAUUUUUUAAGUUUAUAUUUAUGUUAAAUGAAUAUGAAAAAUAGUCCAAAAAUUCUUAUUUACGAAAUAAAUAAACAAUAAUGAAGUAUUUUCUG